AGCCUUUGAAUCGCUAUAAGGGUCCGUCCAUCCAUCCAUCCAUUCUUAGAAAAGGCAGGCAGGCAGGCAGUCACACGGACACACGCACGCACGAAGAGGACAAGCAGGCUGCUGAUGUCGGGCAAUCGUGUCUUGUAUCGACAACAAGGGGGGUGGUAAUUGAGGGGCCACUCUGUUUGUCGCUCUCCAUCGGUCGCUCUCUAUCGGAUGGGCAUGCCAAGGAUGCAUGCGGGGACAAAUCAAACCCUCAUCCACGCAAUCCUAUCUCACCUCACUGCACAAUCCAGUCAGCCAGCCAAGCCUACCGAUAGCAGCGAGUCGAGUCAGCCAGGAUGUCUGUAUCUAGUCAAUCAGUCAGCCUGUCUAUGGGUCUGUCUGCCUGUCUGUAGGGUAGGUAGGUGGUACGGUAUGGGUGUACGUCUUGCAUGCGUCACUCGGGGAUCGAUCGCAUGUCCGCCAGAUUCUUCUUCUGCUUCUUGCCCCCUGACGGGACUGUCGCACACACUUACACACCCAUACACAGCAACACUUGUGUCAGGUGGGUGCAGCGUCUCCGUCUCUUCUCUAUUGUCAUUGUUCUGACCUGACGAGUCGCUGCGGGGUUUCUGGCCUCCGACGAGCGAGCUCACCGAACUAUCAGUCGAAGGUUCCUCUGCAAAACAAGCGACACAAAGGACGUUGUUGCAAGCAGCACGUGGGGUCUUACAUGUCACUCACCUGUGGCCAUCAACGGCGGUUUGAUGUCAUCCUUCUUGGAUCCCUCCUUCACCAACACACCCACUGACAUGAGCACACACAUACACACACACAGAGGCACAUGUGCACACUCACAUAUAUGGCAUUCGUGCAGGCCUACACUGCGAUCCAUCCACGCCUGCCUCAGCCGAGAGGCGGCCACACGCGCCAGCCGAACCUGCCAGGGGACACGCACCCAGACACACGCACAUGCACUUAGCCCUGCCGGUGCGCCUUUCUCAUCCUUGGUGCAGGGCUCACCAUCCAACGACCCUGCAGAAGGACUGGCGGGAGACGCAGACGGCUUCUUGCUCUGCCCCAGGUGCCACUGGCUGUGCUUCUUGUCGCAGCUGCCCCCCUUGGCAACGGCGAUGCCCUGCAGUUGCUUGACCACGGUCCGCACGUCGAGCUCCAGACCCUCAUCCACAGCCUUGAUGCUCCCGCCACGAACUGCAUCUCCCCCGGCCCGCACCCCACUUUGAGCAGCUCAACCCUUCCUUUGUGUGUGGUUGUCUGUUACCUGGUAAGUAGUGGUAUAUGGUCCCAAACUCCUGUGGGAUGGCGAUGGUCGGCGGGUGGGAUUUCAUGAUGUUGCCCGUGAACACGGCGCCGCCGGGGGUCUGCACGCGGUACAUGUUGGCGAUCGACGCCGUGGCACGGACCAGCGGCAUCAACUGCUGCAGCUGCGAAACCACAGCGCCCUCCCACACACGCACCUGCACACACACAUACACACAGACCAUGCAGGCGACAUAAGCAUGGCUGUUCAUCUGCUGCCUACCUGUUCGAUGUUGUCAGCCAGGGGGACGUGCAGCGACAGCUCGGCCCACACGCGCUUCAGGCCUUCGGCAUGUCCACCGAGGGAGCCUCCGAUGAACUGCACGAAGUCAGACACGCUCCCGUCCGUCAGCGAACCAUCCGGGCUCUUCUCCUGGCACGCACACACGCACACACACAGACACACACGCACAGAGAGAGAGAGACAGCAAAGAGGGAAAAGAGACGUGCGGUUGUUGGCGUGCAUUGUGAUGUGUUGACUAACCGAAAAACCCAUCAGGUCCAUCCAUGCCGAGGCGUUGUGGUGCACGAGGCAGAGUACGCCAUGCGGGUCGCCACGGCCCACAGAGCGCUGCUCGACCUCAGUCAGGUAGAAGGCGUUCUUCUUGAGAAACUUGGCUGCCAACGCUGCAUGCACCAUUCACACAACACAACACAACACACGGCACAUGUCCAUCGUGCAGUGAUGGUUGGACUUCAGGUACAGCUUACUUUUGAGUGCACAGUGGACUUCCUUCAGGCCCUGUGGCGUAGCCAUGCCGGGGGAGUCUUCGAGGGCCUCGUAUGCCGAGUUGACCACCAUCUGCAGAACGCACAGACGGCCCACUCGGCCAGGCUGCACCAGCGACACAGGUGACAGGAUGGAUCGAUGAAUGGAUGGAGCGGUAUGUGUUGUGCUGGCGUGCCUGCUGACCUUGAUGCGACCCAGCUCCACUACGUUUCGUUUGUCAAUGAGGAAUGGCGUGAAGAGGUUGUUCAGCUCAGUCCACAGCGCAUCGUCGCUCGCCUCGAUGUCGCGGUGCUGCACGUGCAUACGCGCACACGAGCACACACACAGAACACACACGUGAGUGGUCAUGUUGUCCGUGUGUAUGUGUAUGUGUGUGUGUUUUCUGUCACCCAGAUAUCGUAGUAGUGUUUGCGCAGCACCGUCCACAGGGACAUCUCCAGCUUGAAUCCAAACGCACCGCCCUUCUUCACGACAUGAACGAACAAAUCCUCCGUCGCCCUGCAACCAGCAGCAACCAGCACCGCCACACAAUCUUCCCUGGCAUGCAUGGCGUGUUCCUGAUCUGUGUGUUGUUCGCUCACACUAUAGGCAGAACUUCCAGCAUACUGCCGAUGACGUAUUUGAUUGCCUUGGCUUCGUCGGAUGACUCGGCAGAGACGUCCACGACCCGAGCCGUGGAAGCCGAGAUACUCAUCUAAUAUCCCCCACACACACGCACACACGCAUACACGCAUAGACACAACAUGCUCUCUCGCCAUUCUCCUUGUUGCUGACCGUGACGACUCCUCGGAGGAAGAACGUGGCAUCGCUCGGGUGGCGCUCCGCCUCCAGCGCCUGGACGGCCUUCUGCAUCAGGCAGAUGGCAUCGAGGGGGGGGAUCCGGAGCAGGAAUCUCACCAAGGGCUCCUGCAACCGAGAGAAAUGUCAACAUGGUCUUGGUAGCGGACGGUGUGCAUCCCGUACGCUGAGGCUGGCCACGGCAGAUGCGAAUGAGUUCUCCAUGCGACGAACGAAGUCCUUGCUAAUGUCUAGCUCGGGAGUGUCGAUGAUCGCCCCACGGCGCUUGUGCGGGAGAAAAGGGGGGCUGACACAUAUACAACACAACACAACACCACACAACACAACACAACACAACACACACAUGACCACACCACCACCAUCCAGUUGUUUCCUCCCCGCCCGGCCUCACCUGUGUGUUUGUAGCUUCGAUGCGCUCGGCGGCUGCGCGUUUCAUCUUCUCGAACAACACGGGGUCAUCUUUGGCCUACGAGAAUGGAUGAGCCAGGACGCAGGCAAGCGCAUGUGUAUCACCCUGCAUGCUUCUACCUACCUGCGGCCCUUCCUCCGCCAGAAAUGUGAGGAUCUCGUCGACCCGAGCCAUCACGUUGGCAUCGGAGCUCCCCGUGAUGGAGAGCUGAGAGAUCAUUCAUCAGUCAUCAUGCCUUUUUCGCCCUGCUCUGUGACAGUCAGUUGACUUACAGUCAGAAACUCCAUCUUGCCUGCCAUAUCCAUGUCCUUCCAUGAGCGGCCCUUCCAUAUGCGGCCUCCAGCGGGCUCCAUGACGUCGUUCGCCUGGCCGGUGCCGUCCAUUGCUCCUUGCUAUGGCCGAGUGCGUCGCUCUGACAAGAUUCAAAAGCCUCACACAGCUGCGGAAGGACAGCCCGCAC